UAUCGGUCUAUGUGUGUUUCCAUAAAUCUGUGUUAAUGUAGGGGCACGCUGUCGGACACUCUCCCAAAAAAUUAAGUUCGAAGAAUGGAACGAAUCACCAAUUCAGCUGGCUCCACUGAAUUGGGUUUCGCAUUUAUAACAUCCAUUUGGAUAUCACUAUCUGUGUCAUUUAUAAACGUCUGUGAAUCUUCCUCCAUUGCGCACUCUGUCGCAGAUAGAGAGAGAGAGAGAGAGAGAGAGAGGGGUAUGGCGGCGGUGAAGAUAGUGGAGCCUAAUACCUGCAUAAGGGGUUGCUGUAGAAGUGAUUCCAUCCCCUUACAUCUCCCUCCAUCGUCAUAUACUCUCGUCUCUCCGAUCGCUAGAGGUUCGGAAAGCGUUGUGUAUGAAGCAACUCUCCAUGGAACCAAAGUGGCAGUGAAGAAGCCCAUAUUGUCUACAUCAGAAGACCUUGACAAAUUCCACAAAGAAUUGCAGUUAUUAUGCAAGCUAGAUCAUCCGGGGAUAGCUAAACUGGUCGCAGCCAAUGCAAGGCCGCCCGAUUACAUGUUCUUCUUCCAGUUCUACGAGUCCAGGAAUCUUGCUGAGAAAUUACAUUUAGAAGAAUGGAGCCCUGGAAUCUAUCAAGUUCUUAAGAUCAGCCUUCAAUUAGCAAAGGCUCUGCAAUAUCUGCAUGAUCUUGGGAUUGUGCACAGGGAUGUGAAACCAGCAAAUAUUCUUCUUGACAGAAAUCUUUGUCCAUAUCUAGCAGAUUUUGGUUUGGCAGAAUACAAGAAAGAUCUUAAACAAAUAUCUAUUGAAAACUGGAGAUCAUCUGGAAAGCCGACUGGUGGGUUCCACAAGAAGAAUAUGGUAGGAACACUUAUAUAUAUGGCACCUGAAAUACUAAAGAAGGAAAUACACACUGCAAAAUCGGAUGUCUACAGCUUUGGAGUAUCAAUCAAUGAGUUCCUCACUGGCGUUGUUCCAUACACUGAUCUUCGUGCAGAAGCCCAGAUUAUUAUCACAUUUGAGGAACUCUUCCACGCCAAGGGUUUGAGACAGCUAGGAUAUUUUCUAAGCAUUGGAAGUUCAAGCAGAAAAAUUGGUAUUAUUUAUCCAAACAGAAAUACGUUCCUGAUAUUCUCCCAGAGGCAAGGCUGUUGGGUGCAAAACUAGUUGAUUCGACUGUGG